GGUAACACGUGCGGUUGUAAUUUGAACCUAAAACCAGAAAAAUCCCUCUCUUCGUCUUCCUCUAGCUUUUUGGUGUGUGUAAAUCGGAGCAAUGGAAGUAAUACUAAUAGACUGUGUAAACAACAGUCUCCGCCUUUUCAUGAACCGCAAUGCCAUUUUCAUGUGCGAGCGUCUCUACGCUGAGUUUCCCUCUGAGACAAAUUUACAAUUGUUAGCAGGAUGCUAUUUGCAAAAUAAUCAAGCCUAUGCGGCAUAUCAUAUUCUAAAAGGAACACAAAUGGCUCAAUCCCGCUACUUGUUUGCCAUAUCAUGCUUUCAGAUGGAUCUUUUAAAUGAAGCUGAAGCAGCGCUAUGUCCUUCCAAUGAGCCUAGUGCAGAGGUUCCGAAUGGUGCUGCUGGACAUUACCUCCUUGGGCUUAUCUAUAGGUAUACUGAUAGAAGGAAAAAUGCGAUCUUUCACUUCAAGCAGGCCUUAUCAAUAGAUCCUUUACUCUGGGCUGCAUUUGAGGAGCUGUGCAUUUUAGGUGCUGCUGAAGAGGUAACUGCAUUUUUUGGUGAAGCAGCUGCUGUUUGCAUUCAAAAGCAGUACAUAAACCAUGCAUCAGCUUCGCAAAACAUGCAUAUUUCUGGUGAGGAUCAUAAUUUACUCUGUCCUAGAAACAGUGGAUCAGAAGAUAUUAGUCCAAGGCAGUUAAAGCACAUGCAAGGCAAUAAUCUACGAGAUAUUCCUGGAGCUGCUACUCAACCUCCUAAUGGCGGCCCUCCAAAUUUACCAUUCUACAAUACUCCUUCACCGAUGGCCUCACAGUUGUCAGGUGUUGCUCCACCACCUUUGUGCAGACCUCAGCCAAAUGUUCCAAAUCCUACCUCACUCUGUGCUGAUAGUUCUGCAAGAUCAACUGUGAACUCUACUAUUCAAGCUCCACGGAGAAAAUUUGUCGAUGAAGGGAAAUUACGGAAGAUUUCUGGGAGGUUAUUUUCUGAUUCUGGCCCUCGACGAAGUACAAGACUUGCUGCUGAAGUAGGGAAUAACUCAAAUGCAAGUGCCACUCUGGGGACGGGGAAUGGAAUUAGCAACUCCUCUAAAUAUCUUGGUGGAUCUAAACUGAGCUCUGUGGCACUACGUUCUGUAACAAUGCGUAAAGGACAGUCAUGGGCCAAUGAAAACUACGAUGAAGGGAUACGCAAUGAGACUUUUGACGAAUCACGUGCGAAUGUCGCUGCAACAAACUCCAGUUCAUCACCCUCAGGUGAUGCUAGAUCUCUUGACUCAGAAGGAGCAUCUAUAAGAAUUGGUGGAGUUGUCACGAGUGCCUCAAGGAUUUUAACUGGUGCUUCAGAAAUAUUAGGUCUCUUGAGAAUUUUAGGGGAGGGGUACAGACUUUCCUGCUUGUACAGAUGCCAGGAUGCAUUAAAUACCUAUAUGAAACUCCCACAAAAGCAUUAUAAUACAGGCUGGGUACUUUCCCAGGUUGGAAAAGCACAUUUUGAAUUAGUGGAUUAUCUAGAAGCUGAUAGGGCUUUCACUCUCUCACGCCAAACAUCACCUUACAGUUUAGAGGGAUUGGAUAUACAUUCUACGGUACUUUAUCAUUUAAAGGAGGACAUGAAGUUAAGCUAUUUGGCUCGAGAACUGAUAUCAACUGAUCGUUUAGCUCCUCAAUCCUGGUGUGCCAUGGGGAAUUGCUAUAGUUUGCAAAAAGAUCAUGAAACCGCCCUGAAAAAUUUUCAGAGGGCUGUGCAGCUGAAUUCAAGAUUUUCAUACGCUCACUGUCUUUCUGGUCAUGAAUAUGUAGCUUUAGAGGAUUUUGACAACGGAAUUAAGUGUUACCAGAGUGCACUGCGAAUUGAUAAUAGACAUUAUAACUCGUGGUAUGGGCUUGGGAUGGUCUACCUGCGGCUAGAAAAGUUGGAGUUUUCCGAGCAUCACUUCCAAGUUGCUUUUCAAAUAAAUCCACGUUCUUCUGUCAUAAUGUCAUAUCUCGGGACGGCUUUGCAUGCUUUGAAGAAAAAUAGGGAAGCUUUGGAGAUGAUGGAGAGGGCAAUUUUAGCUGAUAAGAAGAAUCCUCUUCCGAUGUAUCAAAAGGCUAAUAUACUCGUGAGUCUGGAAAAAUUUGAAGAAGCUUUAGAAGUCCUAGAAGAGCUGAAGGAGUACGCCCCUCGUGAAAGUAGUGUAUAUGCUUUGAUGGGUAAGAUCUAUAAGAGGCAUAACAUGCAUGAGAAGGCAAUGCUGCAUUUUGGUCUUGCAUUGGAUUUGAAACCUUCAGCAACCGAUGUUGCGACAAUUAAGGCUGCCAUGGAAAAGCUGCACGUACCGGAUGAAAUAGAAGACCACUUGUAAAUCCUUUUGUUUUUGGAAAUACAGAUAAAGUGAUGGUACAAUUCCCUGGCUCGGGUCAUAUCGGUACCAAGGAGAUCCGCUGCUUGUGCUCUCGACAAGUUGCAAACAAAGUCGUUUCAUAUUUGAUACAUUUUCUACUUGGGACGCCUCUUAUAACGUCGAUGGGUUGUGCAGAAGGGACCUUGAUUUUGUUAAAUAGUUAGGCUUCAAUAUAAUCUAUUUAUGUAACGGUAGUGUAGUUUUUCUUCCUUUAGCUUGGCUUAUAUAUUCUCCUCUUUUGUAAUGGUUUAGGGUCGCGGCCAUGUUUGUACUAUAGAUUUAUAAACGAGUCAAAAAUAGAUGCUUGUAUGAUUCAUAUGUUGUUUAUAGUUGUAUCUUACUUAUUUCUUUAGUUUA